UUUCGUUUUCGUUGUUAAUUCGUCGUAGAUGUGUUGCUAUGACAUAAGUGUUAUAAGGUUUUAAGUGGAAAACCUGCUGGAAAAAGUUUGCAUAUACUUUCUGUUAAAAGAUAAGGAAAAUGGCCGAGAGUUCUAAUGCUUCAAAACCACAUGGAGCAUCUUCAAGUGGUUCUAGCGUCCAGGAGUACAUUGUAAAGAUGCCAAAGAAUAAAAACAAGAAGUUUAAUGUGAUGCGAUUCAAUAGUUCUCAGAAGAUAGAUGUCGCCAAAUGGACUUCGGUAAAAAUGGAGCGAGAAAACAAUUUGAAAGAGUUUAAAUCAGAGGAAGAUUUACCAAAGUAUGGAGCUGGGAGUGAAUUUGGUAGAGAGCAGAGAGAAGAAUCUCGACGGAAAAAGUACGGGAUUAUUUCUAAGAAAUAUAAUCCUGACGACCAACCUUGGAUUUUAAAACUUGGAGGAAAAGGAGGAAGAAAGUAUAAAGGAAUUCGUGAAGGAGGAGUCACUGAAAAUGCAUCUUACUACGUUUUUACUCAGGCAGCAGAUGGAACUUUUGAAGCAUAUCCUGUUGAAGAGUGGUACAAUUUUACUCCUAUUCAGCGCUACAAAGCUCUAAGCGCUGAAGAAGCUGAAGAGGAAUUUGGAAGAAGAGACAAAGUGUUGAAUUAUUUUACCAUCAUGGUUCGGAAACGUUUACAGAAGGAAACCCCGGAUGAUGAUGAAGUGGAUGGGGAUCAGAAAAGUAACAAGAAGAAAACAAAAAAACAGCCCAAAGAAUUUAAAAUUACUGACAUGGACGACUGGGCUCGGGAUUCCAGUGAUUCUGAGGGAAAUGAAGAUGGAGAUGAUGAAGAUACUGCUAAAAAGCCUGUAAAGAAAAAUAAAGAUAAGAAGAAGGAAGAGGAUGUUGAAGAUGAAGGUCGUGAGGAAAGUGAUGAGGGAGAUUUCGAUGACAGAGAAGUGGAUUACAUUACAGGGUCAUCUAGUUCAGAAGCGGAAUUGGAAGAUGAGAAAAUUAAUCGGGAGUUGAAAGGUGUAGAAGAUGAGGAAGCUAUGAGAAAGCUUGACGCAUCUGAAGAUGAAGAAGAAACUGAGGAGAACAAAGAAACAGAAGAAAAUCAAGAACAAGAAAAACCACCAGAACAACCCAAAAGUAAAAGUAAAAAGAAGGAAGGAAAAGACUCCUCUGGAGAAUCUUCUUCGGAUACCUCAGAUUCUGAUUUUGAUGACACCAAAGUACAUGCUGUUUUCAUGCAGCAAAGAAAAAAGGUAGCUCCUUGA